GAAUGUAAUUGGAACUGGAAGGAGAUAUUUGUAAUAAUUUGUAUAGUUCGGGAAAAUAGUGUAAAAUUCUACAAAUAUGAUAGACUUGAGGGGUAAAAAUCCAAUUUAUUCUUUAUUUAUUUAUUAAAAAAAAUCCCUCUCUUUCUCCUUCUUACGAUUUUCUUCAUCAUCUUCUUUUACAAUUGCCCGACGGCGACGGCGACGGCGACGAAGUGCUAGGGUGGGUCUCGGGGUCUAGAAGGACAAUUCUGAGGUUCAUAAGAUAAGCUAAAAUCAUAAUGGCUUUGCAGUUGGGAUUGAGAUUAUUUGCCAUGAAAACUUUGAGUUUCUAUCAAAGGCAAAAUUUGAUGCAAGUGAAAAAUGCAUUUGUCUCUCAGUUUUUUUGCACUACAUUUUAUUCGACCAGAUCAAAAUAACUACCUUUUCUUAAGAUUCUGAUGAUUACCCGCCAACUGAAUUUCACCAUAAUCAGUAGAUUGCUAUAUCAACGUUCUAUUAGAGUUAUAAAGAUUCAUUCUUUUAGAAAUGAGCAUCACUUGUUUGAUCAAAGUAGUGAAGCCGAUAAUGCAUCCAUUACCCGCUCAAUGCUCUGCUAUUUGCACAAGAAUCUUCCGUAUCAAAGUCUUCAAAUCUUUAAGGACACGCUUCGAAUGGGUUUCUCUGGAAAUGUUGACGAAGUUAUGGUGGCUCUUGCCCUUAAGGCCUGUCGAAGUGAGCUGAAAAUCGGCUGCCAAGUCCAUGGGUAUGCUAUUUCUUCAGGGUUUGUUUCGUAUACUGUGGUUGCUAAUUCUUUGAUGAAUGUGUACUCUAAAAAUGGGCGGUUGGAAAGUGCUUUAUGUGUUUUCGAGAGUUUGUGUUAUCCUGAUGUGGUUUCUUGGAACACUAUACUUACAGGGUUUCAGAAGAGUGAGGAUGUUUUGAACUUUGCUCUUCAAAUGAACUUGAAUGGGGUCAGGUUUGAUCCCGUGACAUAUACUACGAUUCUAGCAUAUUGUUCGGAUCAUGAAGAUUUUCUUUUUGGAAUUCAGUUGCAUUGUCUUAUUACCAAAUUUGGUUUGGAUUGUGAAGUUUUUGUUGGAAAUGCACUUAUAUCCAUGUAUUCUAGAUGGGAUCGUCUAUUGGAAGCUCGGAGAUUGUUUGAUGAAAUGCCGAACAAGGAUUUGGUUACUUGGAAUGCAAUGAUAUCUGGGUAUACUCAAGAAGGAGAUCAUGGCUUAGAAGCGAUUUUGUUAUUCACUGAAAUGGUGAGAGGAAGGAUGGAGCUUGAUCAUAUCUCAUUAACGAGUGCAGUUUCGGCUUGCGGUCAUGAAAGAAAUUUAGUGCUUGGGAAACUGAUACAUGGCUUGACAAUGAAAUUAGGAUAUGGAACUGAUGUUUCGGUUUGCAAUGUCUUGAUCUCAACGUAUUCUAAGUGUGAUGUUAUUGAAGAUGCAAAACUAGUUUUUCAAGCUAUAAACAAACGAAAUGUAGUGUCUUGGACAUCGAUGAUUUCGUUGAAUGAAGAUGAUGCCUUGUCUCUCUUCAAUGAUAUGAGACUAGACGGUGUAUAUCCGAAUGAUGUUACAUUUGUUGGACUAAUCUAUGCCAUAUCGGUUAGAAAGUUGGCGAAAGAGGGAAGAACAAUCCAUGGAUUUUGCAUCAAGACUGGAUUUUUAUCAGAGCAAAAUGUUUGCAAUAGCCUCAUUACCAUGUAUGCAAAGUUUGAGUCCAUGGGAGAUUGUUUGAAAUUCUUUGAAGAGCUCAACCGCAAAGAUAUCACAUCAUGGAAUUCACUGAUUUCGGGUUGUGCUCAAAAUGGGUUAUACCAAAAAGCUUUGCAGAUGUUUUUAGUUGCAGUUACGAAGUCCAAGCCAAACAAUUAUACCUUUGGUAGUGCCUUGAGUGCCAUUGCUGAUGCAGAGGAUAUAUCUCUAAAAUAUGGGCAAAGAUGCCAUUCAUACUUGAUAAAACUUGGAUUAAACACCGAUCCAAUUAUCUCAGCUGCUCUUCUUGACAUGUAUGCAAAACGCGGUAGCAUCCAUGAGUCUCAAAGAGUUUUCGAUGAUACACCUACUAGAAGUCAAUUUGCUUGGACAGCAAUAAUCUCUGCCUAUGCUGGCCAUGGAGACUAUGAAUCAAUGAUAAAGUUGUUCAAUGAAAUGGAGAAAGAAGGGGAAAGGCCCGACUCAGUUACUUUUCUUUCUGUUCUCACGGCGUGCAGUAGAAAGGGAAUGGUUGAGAUGGGCCGUCUAAUAUUCGAUUCUAUGGAAAAUAGGUAUCAUAUCGAACCAUCUCCUGCGCAUUAUUCUUGCAUGGUGGAUGUGCUCGGAAGGGCAGGAAAACUAGAGGAGGCAAGGGAAAUGGUCAGAAUGAUUCCAGGACAACCGAGUUUGUCUUCAUUGCAAAGCUUAUUUGGAGCUUGUCAAAUUUACGGGAAUGUAGAGAUGGCUGAGGAGAUAGCUGAGGAUUUGUUGGCAUUGGAGCCAAUGGAAUCCGGUCCUUAUGUGAUGAUAUCCAAUUUGUAUGCUGAGAAAGAGGAGUGGGAAAAGGUUUCAAUGAUAAGGAGAAUAAUGAAGAACAAAGGAGUGAAGAAAGAAGUAGGAUUUAGUUGGGUGGAUGUUGGAGUCUCUUCAUGUCUUCAUGGAUUUUCAUCUGGGGACAAAUCCCAUCCACAAUCUGAGGAGAUUCGAUUGAUAGCAAAAUGUCUAGGAUCGGAAAUGAAACGAAUGAGUGAGAGAGAGGAAGAGCAUUUACUAAUGCUAGGUAACUUAAGUAACAAUGUGUGCCUACAAAUCUGAAAAUUAUUGAUCCUUGUUCUACAUUCCUUGGCAUAAUAAGUCUGUUUCGGCCCUCUCCCUUGCAAACUGGAAGAGAUUAGACAACUGAUCGAACAAAAGUCGAUAUUGUGAAGAAGCAGGCUUCCACCUACGAGGAAAUUGAAGCAGAACAUGAGAAGGUGAGUGCUUUUACAACUUUUGAGGAUAAAAUGAGAUCUAAACAUAAGAGGAUAUCAAUCAUAGAAUUCUUAGGUGGCUUACAUAGUAAACUGAACACAUACAUUUAAGCUUGUCAUUGAGUUUCCUCUGAUUUCUAAUUUCAAAUUUUGCAUGCUAAUUUCUAUUACAUGUUUAUGAUGCUAUUUUGAUAUUUUAAAAUAAUAAUGUUUCUUCAUAGGU